UGACAUGCGAUUGCAUUAAAUAUCGGUGUCUCUUGUAGUUUUGCGAUAGAAUAAAAAUGUGCUGCUUAGAUACAAUCAAAUUAUUUUAAAGUUGGCUCAUUGAGCAUGACCAUUUAAUAAACAUCAAUUACAGCAAGUCGCAUCGGGCAGUAGAACAGUAUAUUAAAAGAAGAGAUGGCAUAUAGAUUCGACACGUAGUCAAUCAUUUAGGUGCGAUCGAAUCGCGUUGCUCAAACGUGCACUUUUGACAUUCUUCGGAUUUUUGUGAUAUUUUCUUAAUAGAACAAUCAGUGAGCUCGUGAGAAUUGUAUCGUGCCAAAAAUGUCGGAGAACAGAAUACAAAUGCUUGAAAUGAAUAUAGAAAAUUUGACAGACAUUCCGAUAUCAAAAAAAACGACGAAUGAUACGAACAGAAAUCCCGAGAUCACUUACGGUAUCGACGACGUCCCACCGUGGUAUCUGUGCCUAUUCAUGGCUUUGCAGCAUUACUUGACCAUGAUUGGCGCCAUCGUUUCUAUACCUUUUAUUCUAACACCAGCCCUUUGCAUGGCCGAAGAUGAUCCCGCAAGGAGUCACAUUAUUUCCACGAUGAUCUUUGUCACCGGUUUAGUAACUUUUCUCCAGACUACUAUAGGAUGUAGAUUGCCAUUGGUUCAAGGUGGCACUAUAUCGUUCUUAGUGCCGACUUUGGCGAUAUUGAACCUACCACAAUGGCAAUGCCCCGCGCCGGAGAUCCUUGAUCAAAUGUCCCACGAAAACCGGACUGAACUCUGGCAAAUUAGGAUGAGAGAACUAUCGGGCGCUAUAGCUGUUUCGGCUUUGUUUCAAGUAAUUGUUGGAUUUGGAGGUAUCAUCGGAUACUUAUUAAAAUUUAUAACUCCGUUAACAAUCGUGCCGACGGUCUCUUUAGUCGGAUUGUCCUUAUUUGAAAACGCAGCGGAAGCUGCGUCUCAACAUUGGGGUAUUGCGGCUGGAACGAUAAUACUGCUAACAACAUGCUCUCAAAUAAUGGUCAAUGUACCGUUUCCACUUGUAACGUAUCGUAAAGGCCAAGGACUCCGUGUCAUCUGGUUCGAGCUCUUCAAACUUUUUCCGGUUUUAUUGACGAUAAUUAUCAUGUGGAUAAUCUGCACUAUAUUAACGGUGACCGAUGCGUUACCGUUCGGUCAUCCCGCCAGAUCUGACAGUAAGCUGAAAAUUAUAAGCGAUUCACCCUGGUUUCGAGUACCGUAUCCUGGCCAGUGGGGUGUACCCACCGUGACGUUAUCGGGAGUGCUUGGUAUGCUAGCAGGAGUGCUAGCAUGCACGGUGGAGUCGAUUAGCUAUUAUCCAACCACCGCAAGAAUGUGCGGAGCACCGCCGCCGCCAAUUCAUGCAAUCAAUCGUGGUAUCGGCAUCGAAGGUUUUGGCACAAUGUUAGCCGGACUUUGGGGCAGCGGCAAUGGAACAAACACAUUCGGCGAGAACGUCGGCACGAUAGGAGUCACCAAAGUAGGCAGCCGCAGAGUCAUACAAUGGGCAUGCUUCUUGAUGAUCCUGCAAGGUGUGAUUAGCAAAUUCGGCGCGGUGUUUAUUAUAAUUCCCGAGCCGAUAGUCGGCGGAAUAUUCUGCGUGAUGUUUGGAAUGAUUUGUGCUUUCGGUCUGUCGGCGUUACAAUAUAUAAAUCUGAAUUCCCCGAGAAAUCUAUUCAUUCUAGGCUUGUCCAUGUUUUUCCCUUUGGUUCUGUCAAAGUGGCUGAUUAAAUUCCCGGACGCGAUACAAACGGGAAACGCUAUAGUGGACAGUGUAUUCACUGUUUUACUCAGCACCACUAUUUUAGUCGGCGGUGCAUUAGGUUGUUUCCUGGAUAAUAUCAUUCCAGGCAACGCCAAAGAUCGUGGAUUGGAGGCUUGGGCAAAAGAAAUGGAAUUGACGACCGGUCGUGCGGCUGAUAAAAAAGCUGAUGUAGUGAUUGAUACCGAAUACGUCUGGAAUACCUUCGAUUUCCCUUUUGGAAUGAGUUUGUUGAGAAGAUGGAAAUGGACUUCUUAUAUCCCGUUUUCGCCCACAUACAAAAAAUGGUAAAUGUGUCCCCAGUAAACACAAAGUAACAGUAACAUAACAUUAAUGUUAUAAUUUCCCACUCAAUAUAAGUGUUACAAGGCAUAUUAUUAUUGCAGUUAAGUAGGAAACAUUGACGUUAUGUUAUUAUUAGCUUGUGUUUACUGGGUCAUUAUUUUAAAAGCGAAUAAUUCAACUACCUCAUAUACGUACGCCUAUUUAUCGUAAAAUAUAUGUAUUG